AUGACUCCAACUAUCUCAUAUUCAGAGAAGACUUCAGUUAAUGCUGUCAGUAAUACUGCUAACUCUUCGGCUCCUAUGAAACCGAGCACCACACCCGCGACUACAGAAGUGCAAGUACCGGUCCAGAAAGAUCCAUCACCUGCGGUGCCUAUUCAACCAUCGCCAUUCAGUGACGAUCCUAACUCAUACAGGAUGGGAGAAUUUCUAACAAAAUAUCAAUUGGACAACAGGCCAGUAUCACUUCUUCCCCGUGGGCUCACAAACCGAUCAAACUAUUGCUAUGUGAACGCCAUUUUGCAAGCAUUAAUCGCAUGCCCGCCUUUUUACAACAUGUUAAAGGCACUUCCGUACCAGACUCGUCGUGGAAAAUCAAGCACUCCUGUUAUUGACUCUAUGGUAGAGUUAUGCUACGAGUUCGGGCCGCUGAGCAGCGCGGCGCGGCGGGCGGGCGCAGGCGCGGGGGCGGGUGGCGGUGUGGCACCCGUAGUGCCGGCUGGCCCGCCGCUGGACGGCGGCGCGGGCCUGCGCGUAUUGCGGGCGCUUCGCCCCUUCCCUGGCUCGCAAGAGGGCAGACAGGAAGAUGCAGAGGAAUUCCUUGGCUGCUUGCUCAACUCUCUUAAUGAUGAAAUGCUUGAGCUAAUGAAACUGGUGGAGCCUGAAGAACCCAAAGAUGCUAACAACCGACCAAACGGUGUUGUCACUCAGGAACAGCCUCCAGAAGAAGACGACGACAAUGACGAAUGGAAGGUGAUGGGACCAAAAAAUCGGGGGGCAGUAGAAAGGCGUUGGGCGGCGCGUCGAACUCCAGUAGCUGAUAUCUUCAGAGGCCGUACACGCCAUCGCUUACAUCGCGCUCAUCAUCAUGACGUCACUGAUGCUGUGCAACCUUUCUUCACUCUGCAGCUUGAUAUUGAGCGUUCUAACACCGUCAAAGAUGCCUUGGAACUUCUGGCUGGAAAAGACACAUUGGAAGGCGUGUCUGAUGCCUGGCAGCAACUGUCCAUUGAAGAACUGCCAGUGGUGCUCCUUUUACACCUCAAGUGCUUCCAACUUGACUCCGAAGGUCAUACUGCAAAGAUUGUCAAGAAUAUAGAUUUUCCAAUAGACCUGAAGAUAGACCCAAAGAUAAUGUCGACGAAGUUAAAAUAUACUCAAAAGCAACGCCUUUAUAAGUUGUUUGCGGUUGUAUAUCACGAAGGAGUAGAAGCUGUGAAGGGUCACUAUGUCACUGAUACUUACCAUGGACAGGUUGGCUGGAUAAGGUAUGAUGAUUCCACGGUGACUCAAGUUACAGAUACUCAGGUGUUAAAGCCUAAGCCUCCUAGAAUGCCAUACUUGCUCAUGUACCGACGGCAUGAUAUGCUGCCUCCCCACAGAGCCACUGCAAAACCAGAAUGA